GCCGCGGGGUCGUGCGAUGAGCGCUCCCCCGGCGGCUCCCCCCUGCGCGAAUAUGGGCACAGCCGUGUCCAAAAGGAAGACGCUGAGGAACGAGGCCAUGUCGUCGGUGGCGGCCAAAGUGAGAGCGGCAAGGGCUUUUGGAGAAUAUCUUUCACAAAACCAUCCUGAAGGUAGAAACGGCUCAGAUCACCUGUUAGCAGACUCCUACAUCGGACAGGAGGACUCCCCUGAGAUGCAGCAGGCAGCACAGAACAAGCGCAGGCUCUCCGUCAUCUCAGACGGCAAGUUUGAGAGGAGCUUCUCUGAGGAGCAGGCAGAGAAGAUGCCAAGCGAGGGACCGAAGCCACGAGUCUACACGAUCUCCGGCGAGAGGCCGAUGCUGUCGGACCAUGAGAACGAGAGUAUGGAACUGGUGGUGAUGAAGGGGGCUGCCCAAGAGGAAUGCCACCACCACGGCCACCAAGUGCACGGUGCUGGCGGCUCUCACGGCGUUAGCAGGCAUUGCAAGGGCUGGCCAGGCAGCCGGCAGGGCUCCAAGGAGUGCCCAAACUGCACCCGGCUGGCUGCCCCUUCCCAGCAUUCCUUUGACCUGGAGCAUCAUCAAUCCAGUGAGACUGGGUGGCACAGAAAAAGGCUGGAGAGGAUGUAUAGUGUCGAUCGAGUGUCUGAUGAUGUUCCCAUACGAACCUGGUUCCCAAAAGAGAACCUCUUCAGUUUUCAAACUGCUACUACAACUAUGCAAGCCAUCUCGGCAUUCAGGGGCUACGCAGAGAGGAAGAGACGGAAACGAGAGAAUGAUUCUGCAGCUGUUAUACAGAGGAAUUUUCGGAAGCACCUCCGCAUGGUGGGGAGCCGAAGGGUUAAAGCACAAACAUUUGCCGAACGGCGUGAGAGGAGCUUCAGCAGGUCCUGGAGUGACCCGACUCCCAUCAAAGCUGAUUCCUUCCAUGACUCUCGAGAAAGCCAUGACCUUCAGGAUUCCUGCGGCACUUUGGAUGGCGACUUUGACUUGAACUGGGAAGCAGAAAAGGAACUUGAAGCCAUGGCAUGUGAUGGAGAAGACUUUAUUCCACCAAAAAUAAUGCUCAUUUCUUCCAAGGUGCCCAAAGCAGAGUAUGUCCCGACAAUUAUCCGCAGGGACGAUCCCUCUAUCAUCCCCAUUCUCUAUGACCAUGAACAUGCCACCUUUGAUGACAUCCUAGAGGAAAUAGAGAAGAAGCUUAACAUUUAUCGGAAAGGCUGCAAAAUCUGGAAGAUGCUGAUAUUUUGCCAGGGAGGUCCCGGUCACUUAUACUUGUUAAAGAACAAAGUUGCCACUUUUGCCAAAGUGGAGAAGGAGGAAGAUAUGAUCCUCUUCUGGAAGAGGUUGAGCCGGCUGAUGAGUAAAGUCAAUCCUGAACCAAAUAUCAUUCACAUCAUGGGCUGCUAUGUUCUUGGAAACCCCAAUGGGGAGAAGCUAUUUCAGAAUCUGAAAAACUUAAUGAAUCCUUAUAGGGUUGCCUUUGAGUCUCCACUUGAACUAUCAGCUCAAGGUAAGCAAAUGAUUGAGACUUACUUUGACUUCCGCCUUUACCGCCUCUGGAAGACCCGCCAGCACUCUAAACUGUUGGAUUACGAUGACAUUUUAUGAGCUGGAGAAGACUUUGCAAGAGGAAGUUGAUCACCGGUGUCCAAGAAGUCAUGCUUAUUGCAGAGAGACUUUUUUAUUGGCACAGGGAGCCCUUCAAAGCCCUAUAGGAGGCAGCAGCGCUAAAGGGAGGGAAGAAGGAGCCCUCGGAAGUGUGUCCGGAGGAAAGUCUCCUGGGUCAAGAGAGACUGGAGGGAAAGGGUUUGACACCUCACUCGCCUCAGGUCAGAGCUGCGGUGUCUCAGGAGGAGCUGUGUGAAAUGAGGACAGGAUGGAGUUCCUUGCAGAACUGAGCUGUUUUGGGUCAGAAUGGGCCAGAUUUGAUUCCAGGUCCUUUUAAAGACUUUUGAAGCUCAGGUUUUCUUACAAAAAAUAAAAUCUAUUACCCAUGCACUACAAUGAAGAAGUGACCAGAGCACAGAGGAAGGAGGGGUUUGUAAUGAUGGGACCUUCUGUGCUGGGCAUCUUGGAGAGCAAGGACUGCUACACCUACUCCUGCAAGCUUAGAUCAAGACGAUCCAGUUUCAAUGUGAAUAUAUACUGGAAUAUAGAAUUGAAAUCUAACUUGUUUUUUGUUUUGUUUAAUAGAAAAUAAGUGCAAUUUUUAUAGUGAGAGGGGUAAAAUCCCUCCCAAUAUUUAAUUAGUUAAAAAUAACACACCAGUAACCAAUAGAUGAGGUAUUUCUGGUCUGCUUGAAAAUAUAUUCAAACUGGUAAUAUAUCUUCUGUAGACAGACAUAUUUAAUCACCAGCAAACAUGGUUUUAACAUAACUUAGCAGACCCUGCAUGUCUGCUGCAUUGAUUAAUCCGGUUUGGUUUGUUCCUUUCAGAGUAGCUGUGUUGCACUAAUUGUAUGUGCUCUCACGAAUGUGUAUUUCUCCUCCAAUUAGACACAACUUUGUUACUUUCUAUUUUGCUGCUUGCAAAACUAUGGGACUUUAGUUUUGCUGAAAUACUCUAGGUUAGAAAUACGGUACCUGGCUGAGAAGCCUCCAUCAGGUUCGCUAUGGUAUAAAAAUGAAUUAGAAAUUAAUAGCCAUGGUAAUUACUUGUUCAUGCCAAUGUUUUGCUAUGCGUUGAGAGACGAGUUCUCUUCCUAGUCUUCUGUGUGGAGCAGCGCAGUUACACGACCAUCAGCAACCCUCCAAGGAGACUGUUCACCGAGGCAUUUGGGAGACAUGCUUCUGGAGGAAUAACAGCACGGGUGUGUAGCAUGAGUUUGAAUCUUCCCUGUGUUCACUUGGUUGCCAGUUGUUUGUGCAUAAACCACCUCUUUUCCAAUGCUAAAAAGACCUGUUUAUUGGUCUGAGCUGCUCACGUCCCUUCCUGUGUAGGACAGAGGAAACCCAGAGCUUUGUCAGAGCAGCCGUGGUUUGAGAACCCAGAUUUGUACUUGAUACUUGAGGAUAUAUUUUGAAAUAUAUUUACUUUUUGUUUGUUUAGGUCAGGGAGUUCCUGUUUGUUUUGGGAAGGGUUUUUUUUCAUCUUCUACUCUCCUGUUCAGAGGAUAAAUACUACUUAGAGUCUGCGUAGGUCACUCUGGCAAUUCUGGGAGGUGAUACAAGCUAUUUCUUUUAUAAGUAAAAUAUACUGGAGAAGUAACAGGGAAGGAUUACCUUGGUUUCCUGAUCUCCUGGUAUCUAAAAUUAGUUGAUUGUGAAGUGAAGGAAAAUAUAUGUACAAAUCUUUUAAAUACUUACAAAAAGAACUAGUUGUUCUGAUCUGUAGCGUACUCCUUCCCCCGUGACUAUAUGUGGUUGUAAUUUUGGGGAGCAGGCCUCUGGCUAGAACUGCUGAACUCUGUACAUUUAUAGCAGUUUUAUAACAAAACUUUUGAAGAAAUAAUGUACAUACAGUAAGUAAGGAGAGGAAUAGGUGGAGAGAGAUGGUUUAAAGUCAUUGAAAGCAACAUGUUGAACCAAAUAGGUGUGGGCUGUCGCCCCCGCCUCUGGUUUGGAGCUGUCGGGAAGCCGUCCUGCUGAGCCGGCCUGAGCUCGGGGGGUUUGGUGGCUACGUCUCAUCCCCGGCUGGACUCUUACCCUCUUGACUCAGUCACGUUUUCCAGACUUGUAGUGAAGGGGAUAUUGGGCGCUGGCCUGUAGCUUUUGGAAGAAUAUGCCAGAUAUAAAAAGGAAAACAAAAUUUAUGCCAACUCUCUAUUAUUUAGCAUGGUAGCUUCCGCCAGUUGUGCUUGUGAGAGGUGGGAGCUGUAGGUGCGAUGAAAGCAUGAAGUCAUGUGCUACUUGGAGAAGGAAACGGUAGUGGCAGGAUUAAAAUGCUGGCACAAAACUCUCUCCCUUUCUGACCCUUUUACCUCCUAUGGUUAUGCUCCUAAGUGGAGACAAACUGUUCUUCCUUUCUCUUUUCUAAAGUAAAAUCCCAAUUCAGUGAACUUGGUAGCAUGAAUGUAGCAUUGUGGAACUAUUGAAAAACUUAUUUAACUCCAAAAGGGCCCGUUUAUGUAUCGACUUCAGUGAUUUCUCUGUAGAACUAUUGUAUAUCUAUUCUCAUUGACCACUUGUAGAACUAGGGGUGAAAGUAGAAAGGUAGAUUGUACAGUUGCAUAACUUCUAUAGGAAGAUGUAUGUUUGAAUGAACAUUAUGGACUGUUUUACUGGUGCAGUUGAUUAUAGUAUAGUAUAAUGACAAACGAUGAAUGCAUUUCUCUCUUUUCCAAAGAUCUAUAUUCCUCAUAGUUUGUGAUGUUUAUGACCUGAGCGUAUUAUUUCCUUUGUAGCGUUCAUUUGACUAAAGAGAUUAAAUGCUCUAAAAGCUGUGACUAGAAAGACAAUAGAGUUUUGAUGUUUAAAGUCCUUUGUGCGAAUAGUGUCAUUGAAGUUAACUAUUUCUGAAAAGCAAAUUUCUUCCACUUUUUACCUGGUUGAAUUUUUCAAGUGGCUGCUGGGAAAGGAAGGGAUCAGCAGAGGAUAGGAUGCAAAAAAAACCCCAUUGUAAUUAUUUAAACUUUAGAGUUAAAAAUAGAGCCUGUAACUUCCUCAGUUGGACCAGCCUGUAAAGGAUGACCCCUGGGUGUGCACUUGCCGCCAGCGCGCAGCCCGGUCACAGCCAGGACGUCCCCUCCGCAGAGGCCGAGCGCCCCUUCCUCGCACCCGGAGCCCCUCUGCAGCACCUUCUCUGGGGGAUGUUGAGGACAGGGCAGUGCUGUGGGGCACGGCUCACCCGCAGGGAGCUCUGCCUGGGGGAGCUGUGGUUGCUGAGUACACAGGACAAUUUGUCAUUCCACUUCUACCGGCUUUUUCCAGCCUUCAGCUACAUGCUCUUGCGGUGUGACUGUCUGAAGCCAGUUUGUUCACCCGCGGUCGGUAAUUGCCGUCUGAAUUGGCUUGGUGGGGCUCACCUCUAAUGAGGGUAAUUGGAGCGAGCCGUUUAUGGUGCGGUUGAGCUCCCGUCCCUGCCUGCUCUGUUAGAGGAUCAGCAGCCCUCUUGCACCGUUACGCUCAGCUCCGCCACACGGAACUGCUGCUGCAGCUCCUGCGUGGUCUGGAUUUGCUUUUAGCGAGGGCAGGAGAAACGGGGACACCUGGUUAAUCCUGGAGAGGAGCAGAUUAAACUGGGAGAGCUAAACUGGGCGCCAGCCCUGGCUCUUCACCCCCACCACGUGUGGGAGUUUCUACUGCUCUUGCUAUGAGGCAGUGUUGGAUGUGACCUCCAACCCCUUGCCUGACCUGCUGAAUGUCAGCAGAGUCUGCUGGAUGUGUUACGGCCUGGGCGGGGAUUGUCACCUCCAGGAGAGGAGAAGGGCGAGCAGCAAGCGCAUCAGCUGUCCCGUCUGCUGCUCCUCAGCCUGGCUCAUGCACUGGGAGCAGCCCCCGACUGUAUUCUCUGGUGCCUGCAGAGAAUAUUCACUCAGCUGUAGAGGCUUGGGGGGGGUCGUCUGCUUGGAUGUGGCGCUUGUCAGGGUUUUCCAGAGCCGCUUUUCUCUUUUCCUCUUGUUUGGCUGGAAAGGAAAGGGAAGAAGAAAAAUUCAAGCUACCUGGGGGACGCAGCAAUAAUUAGAAAAUUGAGAUAAAGCUUUUUGCACCUUUCCACAUGCUGCAGCCACCAACUUCCCUUUGCAGCUGACCUCCAGGCCUGGGAUGGGAAACGGGUGAGUUAGCAGAUAAUUCCUUCCUGCAUUUAAAAAAAAAACCAAACAAACCCCAAAACAAACACCACCAAACCCAGAAAAAUCCUUGUAGCUCUAGCAAAACAUCUGACUGCAAAAGGCAACUAGCCAACUCAUCCUGCCCCGUGCGAGGACUCUGCUGUGCGCACCCGUGGGAUCCCACCUGCUUCUGCCUCCGGGUGCCUCUAGAGCCGCCCGAGGCACAUUCUGCAGCUCGUGGGGGGGCUCUGCUCUGCCUCUGCAGAGGGGACUCUGGAUAUGAUUUUGUUCUUUCUUUCCCAGCCUGGACUUGUUGCCUGGAGCUCAGCACAGGUUUCCUGCUCCAGGGGCUUCUGUAGUGCGAGUGUAUGUGUGUUCACGUCCUCUCUUCACACACAGGCUCUUUCCCGUGGUCUGGGGGAGAUGCUCCCCCCCCAGUUGCCCCAGCAGCAUUAUCGUUGUCGUCCAUGCUGUGUUAGCGUCUCUCUGGCUCCUGGCACACAUCCAUUUCGCAAAUAGCUGCUGUUGUUUCGGGACGUGACUGCAUGAGUGACCUGUGGCUGGGAGUUCCUGUUCCCAAGGCUCUGCUGGCAGAGUGACUGCAAACGCUGCUUCGUCACCUUCAGGCAACAUAAGUGGGGUUAGUUGAAAGAAUGGAAAAUGCUGAUUUUUAAAUGGCCAGCUUGGCAGGAUCUGGAAAUGGGAGUGUGUCCUUAAUCCUGGGCCAGACAGGAGGUGGAAUGGCAGGCUCGCUCUGCUCUCUUGGUGUAAGUAAACACUCAACCCAUCAAAACCCAGUUUAAGAGUCACACUCGUAUAUUAUUAAUGUAUUGGUCCAAGAUAAGGUAUGUUCCUGUAGGAUUAAAAAGUCAUUCCAGGGCCCUUGGCAAUUGGCACGUGUUGCCGGAACCAUGGAUCAGAGGAUGUGCUGGGUUGUGUCAUCCUUCCUCAAGUGAUCAGCCCACACUGCCGAUAGCAGGACACGGAUUUGCAGGUACACGUAAAGCUGAAUCGCUCUGUACUCUGGGUUUUGCCGUGACAGUCCCUGAAGCGGAUGAUACAGACUGCCCUUCCUGAAGGAUGCCACACAGAUAUCCUCCCCAGGGAUAUCGAGCAGCAAUAUCGUUUUCCACACCAUCUGUAAAAAGUUGUUUGUGAUCCUGUAUUUUGUCCCACUGAUCACAGAGUAUCCGUAGCUUUCUGCAUCUCCCAUGGGAGUGUUUUUUAAUUCGCAGUUGUGGAAACACAAGCCAAAGUCAACUGAAAACUGUUAUGGUCUCGGUGACAAGUCAGUCUGCUAAUAAUAUCGUAUACUCGAGCUGAGUGACUAAACAGGUGGUUUAAUGACCGUGAACCCGAUUGUGAUCAUUGUUACUCCCAGGUAAUCCUGCUGUGUAAUCAGCAGAAUUAAUAGUAAGAAACCAGAGUUUGCUGUCUCUGCCUAAAAUGCCAGUGCGCGAUCUCUUGCCGAGGUUGUGCACAAGCUAUCGAGGAGUGAUAGGAACCAGUAGCUGCUUUGAUUCAGAAAUAAAUUCAGCCCAACAUACUGCCAAUCAGUGUGAAAAACUUAGAAGACUGGAAGGAAUAAACAUUAUGGACAUUAAAUGUAAAGAAUCUAUCUGAAGGGAUGCUAAAUUGCAUUUUUCCAUAAAUGUUUAGUAAACUUUAAAGAACUAACACAACGUAAUGAUUUUUCACAUUGUUGUAUUGCUUUUAGAGUAUCUUUAAAGUUGACAUACGUAAGGACAGAUAAGACGCAGCUAGGGUUGUCUUACUUUACGAUAGUGGGGAGGCAGGCUAUAUUUAGUUGGUUAAUUGGGCACUCCAGUCUUUCUUCCUUAUCUCAGCAUUCAAAUGAACUGGUGAUUAAUCACAACAGUAAUGGCCCCAUAAACUUUUAGCAAGAGGAGCCUCUCCACCUGCAUUGCUAAGCCUUGAGCAAAGCGAAGUCUUCGCAGAGACCCUCAAGCAGCUGAUGGAGCCCAGCCUUCAUCCCGUGUCAUGGGGUGGCCGCUCCUGUGAGUCACCGAGUACGUACAGCAGUAACCUGCGGGCACAGCCCCUGCCCCGCUCCCUGGUGUCCGUGGGGUUUUUGUGUGUUUGAGUGGUGUUUUCCUCCCGUCGUUGUGCAGGGGAUGUGUUGAGUUGUACUUGGGGAAUAUGAGCAGCAGUGUGCCUGGGUGGCCCACGGCAUCCUGGCCUGUAUCAGAAAUGGUGUGGGCAGCAGGAGCAGGGAGGUGAUCGUGCCCCUGUACUUGGUGCGGGUGAGGCCGCACCUCGAAUGCUGUGUUCAGUUUUGGGCCCCUCACUCCAAGAAGGACAUUGAGGUGCUGGAGUGUGUCCAGAGAAGGGCGACGGAGCUGGUGAGGGGUCUGGAGCACAAGUCUGAUGAGGAGUGGCUGAGGGAGCUGGGGGUGUUCAGUCUGGAGAAGAGGAGGCUGAGGGGAGACCUCAUCGCUCUCUACAACUCCCUGAAAGGGGGUUGUGGGGAGGUGGGUGUUGGUCUCUUCUCCCAAGUGACAAGGGAUAGGACAAGAGGAAACGGCCUUAAGUUGUGCCAGGGGAGGUUUAGGCUGGAUAUUAGGAAAAAGUUCUUUCCUGAGAGAGUGGUGAAGCACUGGAAGAGGCUGCCCAGGGAGGUGGUGGAGUCACCAUCCCUGGAGGUGUUUAAAAGACGUGUGGAUGAGGCGCCUGGGGACAUGGUUUAGUGGUGGACUUGGCAGGGUUAGGCUUACGAUUGGACUUCAUGAUCUUAAAAGUCUUUUCCAACCUAAGUGAUUCUGUGAUUCUUACCUGGGGAGACUGAACAGUGGUGGCGCUGAGGAGGCUGCGGCAGCGGGCAGGGACUGGUCACUCUGGCCUCUGGCUCAGGACCAGCACAGAUGCACAUUGGUGAUAUUCAAAAAGCUUCUACAGAAAGUGUGGGGUUAUUAGAUUUUUUUUUUUUAAUUUAUUUUUUUUAGUGCUAAAACUCAGUUACAGCGAUAUAGUCUCCACUACCAGGUCUUCCUGACUUGGAGCUGGUGCAGAGCUGGGAAUUCAAGGACAAGGUAUCUUUGCCCUUGCAUUUGAAAUGCCCAAAAAACAUCACAGAUAAGUACAGCCAAGCAAGGCCCUUUGAGUAUGGAUCCUGCUCCCCUGCCCUUGCUAUGCCUCCUAUGUAAAUGAGACCUUAUUUUGCUAGGUGUUAAGAUGAGGAUGACUGACGGAACUGAGCAAGUUUGGUGUUUCCCAUCCCAGGAAACCAGGCUGGAGUCAUACCUCAAUGAGCAAGCAGGGGCUGUAGUUUUUCUGCUGUGUGUUUCCUGUUGUUCUUUAACAACGCUAUUCCUGGAACCGGGGUGACUUCAGUUGUGAUACCAAGCAACAGCAGAAACUGAGCUCUCACAGGGCUGGGAGUCAAUGCGCUUUUGGGAUCUUUACUGUUUCCCCUCGGAGUUCAGGUGCCAGUUUUCAUUUCCAGCUCCUUUGCUUAGCUGCAAGCUCUCCCUUUGCUACUGCAGAGCUGCUAGUGAGGGGGGCAUCGUCGGCUUUCCGAAAGGAAAACCAAACGUAUGAGUAACAAGUGGAAAAGGUAACGGUGCAGGCUUCGAAAAUGGAUCUGGUAAUGUGGAGAAGGAUAGGUUAUAUCCCAUAGUGCUCCUAAACGCUGAGAUACUUGAGUAAGUUUCUUUCAUCCAAAUGAGAAAAAGAAAGAAAGAAUCACAGUUGUCAGAAUAUUGGGGGGGGGGAAAAACCCCACCCAAGUGUGAAUAGUAAUCGACCAUCUGACAAACCAUGUGAAGAUAAAACACUCUGUGGUCUGAUUCUGCCUUUACGCUCAGCUGAGUUCAGAGGGAGUCGACAGCAUCCUGCUCCUUUCAAAAUCAAGCUCAAGUGCAGGGUAGCACGGCUCCAUCCAUCUGUGCUGCUCCACGCGGCUCAGGCGAGGCCGGGUCUGUGCGUACCUGCCCACAGUGCGUCCGAGCAGUUGGGUCCCUCUUCUGCUCAUCCUAUUGCAGCGGGAAGCUGAAGGCAGAACAGAUGCAGAAGGAGCUUGAAACAUUGGCCCUAAGAGAGCCUCGGUGUUAGAGAGCUCAACCUGAGACAUGCUGGUUUGGGGCCAAAACUGUCUUAACUGUUUUAAUCUUCAAAACUAAGAGUGUAAGCUCCGAGUGCUCAACCUGGACCAGCAGGUUGGUUCCUUGGAAAAGUCAGAAGAAAGUUACUCCAAAGGACUCUCCCCGGUUUUCGAGGUGGUUUCUGGCUGGCUGCCUGCUGCCCAGGCGUGACGCAAACCUGGCCGUGACGCAGGAGACAUCUGCCAUCCCUGCUGCCUCCGUUAACAUGUUUCUCUGAGACUAUCUGCUGUUUUGUGUAUGAUAACCAGGAAUCAAAUACAUGAAUGUUUCUAGGUUUUAAGAUGUGAUUUAAUAAAAAGAGAUGUUUCUGGGAAAGAAGG